CUUCAGCCAUCCAGCAAGGCCAGCGAAGUACAGUAAGCAAAUGAGUGUGCUGGGAAGCUGUAAAAAAAAAAAAGAAAGAAAGAAUAUAUAUAUAUCCGGUUCCCUGGGACAUUUUGCAUCUCUUCUGGAAGGCAGGAUGCAGAACCAGCCGGGGGGACCCCCCUCCUCAGGAAAACCGUCCCCCCUAGAAAGGGAGAGGCAAGCGUCAGAGAUGCUUAAAGACCUGGUCUUAAGAUGGUUCCUGGAAACCCAGGCUGAUCUCCUGUGGCAAGGUGGCAGGUUACCAGACUGGUUCCAUGGAUUCCUGACUAGACAGGAAACCGAGAUGCUGCUGGAGACCAGAGAGUUUGGCUGCUUCCUGAUCAGGCUGAACGAAAGAGCUUUCGGCUACAUCCUUUCCUACAGAGGGAAGGACCGGUGCCGCCAUUUUGUCAUCAGCUGCCAGCGCAAUGGCCAGUAUGUCGUAUCCGGAGACACUCGGAUGCAUCCAAAUUUGGCUGAAUUGAUCAGCUAUUACCAGAGGUCUGAAAUUCAGCCUUUUGGAGAGAGCCUCACAUCGGCCUGUCCCAAGAUGGAGGAGAAAAGCAUAUAUGAUGAAAUAUCUUCAGAUCGAAGUCCCUGUGCAGAUGCUCCAGCGUUGAGCAGGAGCCCCUCUGCCGAUUUGUUGGUUACCUGGAGUAAAUUCACCAAUCAGCCAGGACAUCCAAGGAUUCCACCUCAAGAAGAGCAGAAGUCUUGUUUCAAAGAAUGUCAGAAUUCAAAAGGAGAUCCAGAUGCCAUCCCACCUAUACCACACAGGUCCCGUUUGCUGGAGUCCCUGUCUCUGGAGGAAGAGAUUGUAGAUGAAGGAACCAUGUAUUCGGCUGUGAAGAAGCCUCCUCUAGACAACAGGGGCUUGGGAAAGUCAAAAGAGGGGUGCAGAAAUUUUGGGGACACUAAGGCAAAGGAACCUGAAGGACCGGGCCACGGUCAUUCCUCUCCUUGCCGAAGGAAGACAGGAACCGUGUUUGGAUUGACCAAGCAAUCAGACACACCAUUCACCAUGAAAGUGAAUCCUGCAGAGACAGCUCAACCAGAACCUAUUUAUUCUAGGAUUACCCUUGACCAACCCAAAAGCUUUUGGAUAUCUGCUGGGCCCCACAGUCAUCAGUCCGCCUUUCCAUCAUCCAAGAAAUCAGCUGUCUCUAAUUAUCCGCCUUCAAAAUUAUCUUCUACGCUGCUGAAUAAAUCCAAAUAUUUAAGGGAGUUCCACGAAUCUCCUCUUGGGAUCAAUCUGGGGUCUAUGGGCAGCAGAGAACAUGGACAACUAAAGCAGCCCAAGUCCUGGUUUGAACCCCCAAAGGAACCCAUGGAGGAGAAGGUCUUUCAGCUGAAAAACCAACGUUCUACCUUAUGGGCGGACAAUACAUCUAAUACUCAGGAAUCUUUCAGGUGGGCAAAAGGUAUCUUCCUUGGUUCAGAAAAGCUUCCUAAGGCUUCACUGGCCAAGUCCAAAGGGUCUUAUGAUCAGAUCUCCACAAAGUUUGGUCAGUCCUCCAAGAUUCACAUCAACCCUGAGAGUCCAUAUGAAAAAAUACCUGAUCCUUACGCCCAGGGCUCCUCAAACACAAGUCAAGCCGCAGCUCUGGAGGACCCCUACGAGCAAAUCCCCUACCUGCCAGGGAAAAGAAUAGAAGGAAAGGUCACCCAAAAGAGCGAGAAGCCCAGAAAGUUCCUCUUUGCGGAGAAGAAGGCCAAAUCCUGAAGGCGCCGAUUUGGAUGGGGCUCUGAACCGAACCUCUCUCCCCAAGGCCACCACUCAAGAACCAGAGGCACAGUUGCUACGGAAACAAUCCGCCAGAAAUGCCGCAGGCCGCUAUGUUGGAUGAAAGCCCUGCCCAGCCUUUGGGUCACUUCUCCUGCCAGCCAGCGGCCACUCAGCUGGACGGCCCCUUUCAGAGAGCUUGGAGGUUGGACUUUAGGCUAGCUAGAGGGGCUAGAGCAGUAUCAACAGGAUGAGGCCCCAAGGGCUGUACGGGUACCGUAGUCCUCGGCAUAUGACUACAAUUGAGCCCAAAACCUCUGUGGCUAAGCGAGACAGCGGUUAACUGAGCUUUGCUCCAUUGCUUUUUGCCACGGUUGUUAAGUGAAUCACUGCAGUUGACCAGUUAGCAUCUGGCUUCCCCGUUGAUUUUGCUGGUCAGAAGGUGCAAAAAGGGGAUCACGUGACCCCAGGGGACACUGCAAUCAUCAUAAAUGUGAGUCAGUUGCCGUGUGUCCCAAUUCUGAUCACCUGACUGGAGGGAGGCUGCAGUGGUCACUAAAUGUAGGAAAAAAGGCCGUAGCUCACUUUUUUCAGCGCCAGUGUAACAUCAAACGGUCACUAAAUGAACAGUUGCAAGUCAAGGACGGCUUGUAUGGGUGGGGGAAAUCCCCAAGGAUUGUGCAGAUGGCCCUUGACCAUUCAUUUAGUGACUGUUUGAAAUUACCACAGUGACCUACGAUUCGCACUUAUGACCUUUGCGAGCGUCCCCACGGUCCCGUCCAAAUGUGGGCGCUUGGAAAACCAGCAUAGAAUUUAUGUUAGGUUGCAGCAUCACCAUUUGUGACUUUCCCAGCCGGUUUCCGACACACGAAGUCAAUGGGAGGAGCUGGGUUCGUUUAAUGACCAUGUGAUUCGCUUAACAACAGUGGCCACCAAGAUCAUAAAGUUGAGCACGAUUGAUUUAACAGCCGCCUUGCUUAGCAAUGAAAUUCUGAUUCCCCCCCUCCCCGACUGUGGUUGUAAACCAAGGACUAUCCUUAUGUGAGAAGAUUUAGCGGUAAAUUUUCCAGGAACUAUAAAGAGGAAUUAUGACUCCCGUGGUCAGCAGAGGAGUUUUCCCACUCCUCCUUCCCUUAUGAUGAUUGGUAGACAUGGUAAAACAGAAAUCCUCUCCCAGCAGCCUUGAGGGGUGAUUGGCAGUUCUUCUCAGAAGCCAAAAUAAAUCUUUUUGGGUAACAAUUUGUCCUCGACUCCCCUCUGCCCGCUCCGGUUUACCCCACACUCUUUGCCACGACAUUAAACGGAGCUUAAUUGGAAGGAAAAGCAGAAAGCAAAAAGGAAGAACCGUUUGCUUUAAAAAAUAAAUAAGAAAUCCCUAAUGACUUGAUUAAUUUCCAUCACUGCAGGGUGAACAAAGGGUUACCCAGGAGUCCAAUUCCCCCCCCCCUUUCAUUAGGAAAUUGACUUCCAUGUCCUGUUUUAAGGCUUUGCAAGCAGAUUUAAUCAUCUCGCUUUUGCUGUUAUUUACUUCCAAGUAAACGGAUGCAGGUUUUGGCUGACGGCUAGCACGCUGGGUCCUGUCUGGGGGAAGUGAUACUGACUAAAUCAGAAUUUGUUGGCUGGGCCCUGGCAUAAAACAUGGAAACAGCCACUGUUGUUAGUGCAGGUGGUCCUCGCCUUAUGUCCACAACUGGGACCUGAAUUUCACGCUGCUAGCAAGUGGUUGUUAAGUAAGGCAUGUUAUGAUUUUUUUUUGCCACUGUUUUGUUAGUAGCAAUAGCAAUAGCACUUAAGACUUAUAUACCGCAGUUUACAAAUGUCAGCC